AUGGAUUUCAACAGCUCUUCGCCCUAUCCCGAGGGCGUGAUCUCCUUCCUUGACACGGACCUGUACAAGUUGACGAUGCAAUGCGCUGUCUUCAAAUAUUACAAAGAUGUCCCGGUGACUUACAAGUUCACUAACCGGACACCGGAUAAGAAGCUUUCUCGCAAGGCCUUCAUCUGGCUCGAGGACCAGGUCAGAAAGCUGGGCAACAUUUCUCUGUCUGCAGAGGAGCUGCAUUACCUGGAAGAGCACUGCCCAUACUUGUCGCCGGCCUACCUGAACUUCUUAUCCGAGUUCCGCCUCCGACCAAGGGACCAGGUGGUACUCAGCUUCCUACCGACAGGGAUUGACACGGGAGCUGAGACGGACAUUGGGGAUUUGGAUGUCAGGAUCAGUGGCACGUGGGUUGAGACGAUCCUCUACGAGAUCCCGCUCCUUGCCCUGACUUCCGAGGCUUACUUCAAGUUCAUGGAGCCGGACUGGACCUACGGAGGGCAGGAAGAGCUGGCCUUUGAGAAAGGUAUGCGCCUGCUGGAAGCCGGCUGCGUCUUAUCGGAGUUCGGCACUCGCCGGAGGCGAGACUACCACACUCAGGCAUUGGUUUUUAGAGGUCUUACAAAGGCCAGCAAAGAGGCCCAGAAGCGCGGCUUCUCCGGAAAGCUCUCGGGGACCAGCAACAUCCACUUAGCCAUGCGCUUCAACAUCCCGCCUGUCGGAACCGUUGCCCAUGAAUGGUUCAUGGGAACUGCUGCUAUAGUUGGCGACUACCAGAAGGCGACCGAGGAAGCUUUGUGCCGCUGGGUCGGCUGCUUCGGGGAGGGCGUGCUCGGCAUCGCCUUGACCGACACGUUUGGAACGCCUGAGUUCCUGAAGGCCUUCAGCAAGCCUCUCAAGUACCUCGAAGCGCCCGCGCCAGUCGCCACCGCGAGGAAGCCAAGCAUUGCUGACUCUUUCAUCUCGACCGCACCAUUCGUGGCAUCCAAGCACAAGCCCAACAAGACGUACGCCGAAGUCUUCACCGGCGUUCGGCAGGACUCGGGAGAUCCGAGAAGUUUCGUCCGGCUCAUGCGCGACUUCUACGACGGCCAAGGCAUCCAUGACAAGAAGGUCAUUGUCUUCUCGGACUCGCUCAACAUCGAUCGUUGCCUGGAGUACAAGGAGGUUUCGGAAGCCGCCGGCUUCCAACCGACUUUUGGCGUCGGCACCUUUCUGACAAACGACUUUGUUAACACCAAGACGGGCAGGAAGUCGACACCUCUGAACAUCGUCAUCAAACUGAGCUCGGCCGCGGGAAGGCCGGCAAUCAAGAUCAGUGACAACAUUGGGAAGAACACGGGAGACAAGGCGACGGUUGAGGAGGUCAAGCGCCAGCUGGGAUACGUCGAGAAGGCUUGGGAGGGUGGUGAUGAGACAGCUCGGUGGGGACGUGAGGAGGACGCGCCCAAAUCGUAA